CAGCUGAUUUGCAGGGAGGCCGGAGUUGUGGAUCCAGUGCAAACACUGGCACAUUGACAUGUAUAGCCGGGGAGCAGGGAAGCUGCAGAGACCGGUGUGUGCACUGCAGCUGCACAGGUUCUCGUUAAGUCGUGACCACAAGCAAACCAUAUCAUGCAGCCAAAUAGUGGUACAAGUAACGGCCUGUUGGAUUGAGACUGUUUAGACAAGAAGCCUUAAUAACAACUAUCUGCUGUAGUUGGUUUGGAAAUUGUAUUGUAUACCCUAGAGACUGUGUUGGAAUUUUCCCACACUGACACAAUGGAUUGUGAUUCUGGCCCAAAUAAAGACACUCCAGCAGAGCUUGCUGAGAGAGUUGCUGCUAUUGAAGUGGAUGAAGAAACAGACGCAUCGGUUGUGCUGACUUCAGAAGACAUGUAUAGGUUGAAAAAUAAUGGAAUGAGCUCUGAAACCAGCGAGGACGUAUUUUUAUCGUCCCAGGACCAGAGGGACUUGAGCUGUUUCCAAAGAGCUGCAUCUCGACCUACACUUUCGAACAGAAAGUUCUCCCUGCAGGAACGACCUACAGGUGGCUGCAUUCCCUCUCAAAAUCAGGCGUACGGCCCUUAUGCAACAGGUCCUGCCUCACACACAUCACCAAGAAUUGUCCGAAGGCCAACAAUUGAGUCGAAUCGGGUUUCCAUUUCUGACUCUGAUGAUUGUGUGCAGCUAAACCAGUACAAACUGCAGAGUGAAAUUGGCAAAGGCUCAUAUGGUGUUGUAAAGCUUGCCUACAAUCAAAGCGAUGACAAAUAUUAUGCUAUGAAAGUUCUUUCAAAGAAAAGGUUAUUGAAGCAAUACGGUUUCCCACGUCGCCCUCCCCCAAGAGGUUCAAAAACUGCAUCUGGUGAUCAGGCCAAACUAAUGGCUCCAUUGGAUAGGGUCUACCAAGAAAUUGCCAUUCUAAAGAAACUGGAUCACAUUAAUAUUGUCAGACUGAUUGAGGUCCUCGAUGAUCCAGCUGAAGAUAAUUUAUACAUGGUGUUUGACCUUCUACGCAAAGGACCUGUCAUGGAAGUACCAUCUGAUCGUCCCUUUACAGUAGAACAAGCCCGGAUUUACUUCAGAGACAUUGUGCUUGGUAUAGAAUACUUGCAUUACCAGAAGAUUAUUCACAGAGAUAUCAAACCAUCCAAUUUACUUCUUGGAGAUGAUGGUCACAUAAAAAUAGCUGAUUUUGGGGUGAGCAAUCAGUUUGAAGGCAACGAUGCACUUCUUUCAAGCACUGCGGGGACUCCAGCUUUCAUGGCACCUGAGACUCUGUCAGACACUGGACAGGGGUUCAGUGGAAAGGCACUGGAUGUGUGGGCCAUGGGAGUCACUCUUUACUGCUUUGUUUUUGGAAAGUGUCCUUUCAUGGAUGACUACAUCUUGGUUCUUCAUAACAUAAUUAAACAUAAGCCUGUGGAGUUUCCUGAGCAGCCAGUCAUAAGUGAUGAACUGAAAGACUUGAUUGUGCGAAUGCUGAAUAAGAAGCCAGAGGAUCGGAUAACUGUUCCAGAAAUAAAGCUACAUCCUUGGGUGACCAAAAAUGGUGAGGAUCCAUUACCCCUGGAGGAAGAGCAUUGCUCGAUAGUAGAAGUGACAGAGGAAGAAGUCAAGAAUUCAGUUAAACUCAUCCCAAGUCUGACAGCUGUGAUUCUAGUGAAAGCAAUGCUGAGAAAACGCUCAUUUGGUAAUCCCUUUGAAUGUGCAAGAAGAGAAGAACGGUCCAUGUCAGCCCCGGGAAACCUAUUAAUGUGCCAGUUUAGAUCAUCUAAAAAAUUGCUUCCACACAUAAGAAAACAAGCAAGUGGGGAGGUUCUGAAGGACACCGAGUUAGCUGACGUGGAGGAGGACGAUGGAGCGUCAUGAGUACUUGCAUGUCCAGAUCAAACCUGCCUGCUGCUCGAACUUGCUUUUCUGUGUUGCACAGAUAUGUACUCUCAUGACCAUCAUGAACCAAAGCUUGCGGUCUGUAACCUCCACUAACAAAAGGUCUUUGUAAAACGUUUACAGCUAUAUGGAGAAUGCGAUAAACAAAUAGAGACUGUCUACGUUACUUGUGCUAAACAUGUCUGUCUGCAUGUGUGUUUUAAUAAUUUGUGUAUGUAUACAGGACAAACUAUUGAACAAUGUGCCUCAUCUCCAUUUGUGCUUCUGCGGUAUCCAGUCCGUGUACUUUGAAGAUUGCUUGACGUAUGAAUGUCUUUUUAUUUAAGACUGAAAAACCAAAAGU